CAAAACAUCCUUAAAACGUUAGGCCAAACACUUCUGCGCUUACCAUCGUAAAAAGCCACCUUUUUUGCUAUUUUUCUGGCUCCUACAUUAAGGGCGUUCUCUUUCCGAGAGAGAACUUAUAGACAGCAUUUUCUAGAAAGUUCUUAAGUCUACAGGUCAUAAUGUCUUGCUGGGUUACAUUGAUUCUGAUUGGAUGCCUUAUGUUCUUUGAUGGUGGACAGUCUACGAUAACUCCCAAAACGGCAUAUCUAGUAAGAGUGACAACCAGUCCUCAGGUUAAUGCGGAGCCAGCGACUAGCGAUCAAGUGUUUAUCAAGUUAUCGGGCGACAAAGGUGCAACUGCCUUCAAGGAGCUGAAGAGAGUCGUGAAGUCAUUUGAUAAAGGAAGCGAGUCUGAAUUUUCCAUCAUUGCCACGGAUGUUGGCAAGAUCACAGAAAUCACAGUCAAUAAAACUGCCACAGGGCCAAGAGAAGCUUGGAAAUUGAAGCAGCUGACGAUCAAGGAUUCAAAAGGAACAAUUUAUGAGUUUACGUGCAAGUGUUGGAUUUCCAAAAACAGUGGGCUACAAAGAACCUUAAAACCCAACAAAGUUAUACCUCCAACAUCAACUCCAACUCAAGGAAAACCAACCACACCAUCUUCUAGCAGCUCAGUUUCUUCAGGAUCAUCAGCACCAAGUGCAUCUGUAACUCCUACCAGUGGAAACACUGCAACACCGACGAACAAGGAGGAGAGUACUAAAGGGAUUGCAGAAUCUACCGUUGUAAUUGGUGCAACUUCAACAAAGCCAACGACAUCUGCUGGAACAGCUACCGGCCCCACCAGUUCGCAACCUUCAGGAUCAGCGUCAACAUCAUCUGUAGGAUCGACAAGCUUAAAGUCGACCGCCUCGACUAGCUCGGGAUCAACUUCAAAACCAUCUACAUCCACUAGUCCAACAAGCGCUGCCCCAUCCGGCUCAUCAACCUCAGGUUCUACAAGUGCUAAGCCAUCUGGACCUACAUCCAAACAAACUUCAUCUAGCGCAUCUUCAUCAGCUUCUGUUAGUGGUGCAACCUCAAAACCUACUUCAGCUACUUCGACUGUUUCAAAACCUCCUACGCCAGCUUCAAAACCGACGGCAUCCACUUCACCAACAAGUGUAAAGCCAAGUGGUUCAAGUAGCGUGAAGCCCUCUGGGAUACCAUCGUCAAAACCAACUUCAUCUGCGGGACCAACGAGCGAAAAAGUUACUGCAUCUAUUGGAGCAUCGACCGCGCCAACCUCUAUGCCAACUUCAACUGCAGGACCGACUAGUGAGGCAUCAACCAAUUCGAUCAGCCAAAAACCUUCCGCGGGAAGUUCAAAACCAACAGCACCAACAAGCACUAGUCCAACGAGCGCAAAGCCUUCUGGUCCAAGCUCCAGCGCAAAGCCUUCUGGUCCAAGCACGAGCGCAAAGCCUUCUGGUCCAACAAGCGCAAAGCCUUCUGGUCCAAGCACCAGCACAAAGCCUUCUGGUCCAAGCACGAGCGCAAAGCCUUCUGGUCCAACAAGCGCAAAGCCUUCUGGUUCAACAAGCGCAAAGCCUUCUGGUCCAACGAGCGCAAAGACUUCUGGUCCAACGAGCGCAAAGCCUUCUGGUUCAAGCAGUGCAAAGCCUUCUGGUUUAAGCAGUGCAAAGACAACAACUGUAAUGCCUCCUAGCCAAUCAACUGCAAAGUCAUCCAGUCCAGCGAGUGCAAAGCCUUCUGGUUCAACAAGCGCAAAGCCUACGAGUGCAAAACCCUCCGGUCCAAGCAGUCCAACGUCUUCCGGUUCAAGUACUGCAAAGCCUUCUGGUCCAACAACCGCAAAGCCUUUUGGUCCAACAACCGCAAAGCCUUCUGGUCCAACAACCGCAAAGCCUUCUGGUCCAACAACCGCAAAACCUUCUGGUCCAACGAGUGCAAAGCCCUCCGGUCCAAGCCGUCCAACGACUUCCGGUUCAAGUCCAACUGCUGCAAGUCCCACUCCAUCCACGGCAGCGACAUCUGGCAAUACCUCAUCUAUACCGACUACUAGUACCACGCCAGCUCAAGAACACGCUGCUUUUAUGAAUGAUCUUCUACUGGAGAUGAACGUCAUACGUCUACUGCACGGGGCAGGUCCACUUCUAUUGGAGAAAAACAUGUCACAAGCAGCACAGAAGGAAGCUGACAAGUUAUUUAAACGACAAACAGUUAACAACGAAACGGAAACUACAUAUGGGAUAAGCACUUGUAAUCUAGCAGGCUCAGCGCCAGGGAAGAACGAAGCUAAGCAAUGCGUAUCUAGUUGGUAUCAAACAGUAAAGGAUUUUGAUUGGCCCACUCCUAAGGUGACAGCAAAAUCGGCACUAUUUGCAAGGUUGGUUUGGAAGCCUACUACCCAUGUAGGAAUUGGUGUAUCUAGUACCAAUGUGGUAGUGUAUUUUGAUCCUCCAAGCAACGAAAUGGAAUCAGCCAAGGAUAAUAUCUCUCCUGUAACAGAACUCUCUGAUGGAACAUCUCAAGAGUGUCCUGAAGGGUUUAGAAUGUCCGGAAAAUCUUGCUUUAAAUUAAAUCCAGUCCCAUUAACCUGGGCCAAAGCUAUCGAACACUGCGCUCAUCAUGGAGCCACACUAGCAUCCCUCCAGUCUCAAGAAGAAAAUAUGUUCAUCACUGGUAUGGUAUCUGGUCUGCAAAAUACCUCAGAAGCCUGGUUAGGAUUCAAUGACAGAAUUGUUGAGAGUCGUUAUCAGUGGGUUGACGGGAGCGUAGUCAGGUUUCAUCAGUUUCUUCAAACAGAACCGACUGGAAUCGGCGAAAAUUGUAUUGCUUUGAAAGAUACGAAAAAUGAAUCUGGAUGGGAAGAUAGAAAGUGUACUGAUGUUCUUCCAUCUAUAUGUCGACGUCCUGCAGAGGGACCCAUCACGUACAAGAUAACAUUUUUAAUUGAAGUGGGUAUUGAUGUGCAAGGUGCGUCAAAAAAGACAGUCAUUCUCCCUGCAGGUGAUAAAGAUCACGCGACGAUGAUUAAAGAAAAGCUAAACUCCACAAGUAGUAAACAACCAAUCGAGUUCGUUGGCGAAUCAACACAGAUUGGACCAGAUGGUGGCACCUACUAUAGCGUGUUUGUGAAAAUCCCUCCCGGAUCCAACCCAAACGUCGUUCAACCAUUAGAAGACUACUUGGACAGCCAUAACAACCACAUUUACCCUGGCAGCAAGGACAAAGUGUUCAUCGCGUCAGUCACCGCUAACGACCCAGCCAAUGGGAUGUGCUACUCGACGUGCAUCACCAGUUGCAGUAAUCAGUGUAGCCCGAUGUGUUGCUCAGGAACCUUCAUCAUGAACCCGUCCUCCCGAACCCAAGCACCACCUUACCAACAACAAACCCAAGUCUAUAUCCAUCCUAAUUCCUAUCCAUACUCCUCUUCAUCCUCGUAUUCACACCCCUACUUACCAAAUUAUCCUUACUCCUCCCCCUCUGCGCAGCAAAAUAGCCUGUCCUCAACCAAUCCAUAUAUGGCGCCAAGUACCAUGGGGUGUGUACGUGCUUGUUCCAAGAUUACAAAAAAUGAUUUUUGCCCGCCGUACUGCCCCAAACGGUGCUGCAGAGCACGUCUAUUCCGACCACGGUUCUUCCAACCACGAUUAGUAAUCCGGCCACGAUUCUAAAAUCAAAUAAUGAUAAUAAGCUAGAAAUGUGAACUUGGGAUGCCUUCAAUAUUACAAAGUUAUCAUAAUUGGCCUUUUGAAGCUUACAGUCAGUGAAGAUGGUUAAUCAUCUUAAAAAAAACGUUUUCAUUAAUAAUCGAAUUGUUGACACCAAAUUGCAGUCGUAUAACUUAUUGACCCAUUAGAAUCAUGACUAUUUGCAUCGCAUAGCAGUCGUGUGACUUUUUGAUACCCAAUUAGAGUCCUGUGACUAUUGACAACCCAAUUACAGCCAUGUGACUCUUGA